AUGACAAAUGGCUCUUCCACUGCCAAUGGAGGAAAGGGCCCCGUAGUUAUGGGAGUAACAUGGGCGGAAAUGGGACUCGCAUUGAUUUUAAUCGUCCUUCGAGCCAAGACAGCGUCGAUUUCUCCGUCGCGACAAUUAUCUUCAGGCUUGUUUGGUCUGCGAUGGGACUUUGUCUGGGUGAUGAUUGCUUUUGAUUGUGCAAACAAACUUAUGGAGCUGGAUUGCCCAAGUGAUAGCGAUACUUGA